AGCGCCGUCUGGCUUCUGCACACUCAAGCAGGACUUGCGCGGCGGGCUCGCUCUCUUCUCGUCCCCCCCUUUUUUCCCCCCCACUCUCACUUAGAAGCUCCUCCCAGAUCAUCCCAACAUUUUUAUUAUUAUUAUUAUUUUUUUUAAAAAAAAUCAUUUAGUGGCGUCGUUGCCUCGGAUUGCAAAUCCAACCCUUAACGCGCCCCAAGUCAACUUGCCCAAACUUUUGAUUCAAAACAAUAUCUGGGGUGGGGCGGAGAGGGGGGGGAGUGAAGUCUCGAAGAGGCCAUCCAAGACCUGAGCCAAGAGAAAGAACAUGGGUUUCAACGACCGAGGGGGUCGCAGCAGCUGCCCCCACUGCUUGGCGCUCCUCGUGUUGGUUUGUGGCGUCGGACCUCUCGCUGCCAACCGGAGAAAUAUCCCGCGGCGACAAGAUAGAUUGGGGCCUCCUGUGGACAUAGCACUGGAUUCUUUGAAUUGCACUGCACUUAGUAUUCAAUGGAGAAUGCCUCAGCAACAUGCAAAUACCAUCACAGGGUACACUGUGUUCUACACUGAGGUCAAGACUGAUCAACAAAUUAGGCAACAGUCUCAUGAUGUACCUCUCAGUUUGGAUAUGCUUGGCAUGGGUCAGAUGGAUGGGCAAACAAUUUUUGAAGUCGUUAUUGGAGAUCUGAAGCCAGGGACCCUCCAUAGGGUCAGCAUAGGAGCUUAUGGCUGGGCAGGAAGAGGCAAAGCCAGCAUGCCUAGAAAUGUGACAACUCUAUCACAAGAUAAAUGUAUGCCGCCAGCUCCACCUAGUCAGCCUCAAGUCAUUGUUGUUUCAGAUUCAGAAGUUGCUUUAUCAUGGAAACCAGGACCAAGUGAAGGAAGUUCUCCAAUUGAGUACUACACAGUGGAAUUUAUCAGACCCGAUUUUGAUACCAAUUGGACAGCAAUUAGAGAGCAGAUCCAGAUGGACUCUAUGAUCCUAAAGGGGCUAACUCCAAAUGACAAGUAUCAGUUUGCCAUCCGAGCUACAAAUUCAUACGGGUCGAGUCCGCCAAGCAUUGCCAGUGAUAUAAUCAGAAUGUUCCACCCAGAAGUAUUAGGGAGUGGAAGCUAUGGACAUCCAUACAUGACUGAGUCUGGAAAUGGUGAUGAUGAUGGAAUUGACAUUGAUGAUUCAGACUAUGACAUUUAUAUUGAUGAGCUCAAACCACUUCCUACCAUCAAAGGAGACAAUACAAAUUUUUUGGUUGAAACCAACCUAAUACAAGGAACUAAUGCAGAACUCCUUUCUGGGCUGCUUUCACCUACUACAUAUCCUGUCACUUCUAUGGCAACAACUACAUUCCUACCACGCACUACGAUCCCUUCCAGCAUUACUGCUAAGGCCAUCAGGAGGAACAGCGGGACUUCAGUUGUACGACAAUCUGAUCAGUCCUGCGAUGAAACCAUCUGCUCCACCAACAGCUUUUGCAUCAAUGAUUAUGAGCGGAGUGGCUCUCGUUGCCACUGCAACCUUGGCAAAGGAGGAGAGAGUUGUUCAGAAGAUAUCAAUAUUCAGUAUCCUCAAUUCUUUGGAUAUUCCUAUGUCUCCUAUGAGCCUCUUAAGAAUUCCUAUCAGACAUUCCAAAUUACUGUUGAAUUUAUGGCAGAAGGAGAGGAUGGUUUGCUUCUGUAUUGUGGAGAGAAUGAGCAUGGACGGGGUGAUUUCAUGUCACUGGCAAUCAUCAGGCAAAACGUUCAGUUCAGGUUCAACUGUGGAACUGGAAUUGCAACAAUGACAAGCAAGGACAAAAUUAAACUGGGCGGUUGGCACAGUGUGACUGUAUUUAGAGAUGGAGUAGAUGGAUGGCUUAGUUUGGAUAACAGUCCACCAGUUCCUGGAAAAUCGCAGGGUCAAUAUAGCAAAAUUACUUUUCGGACUCCCUUCUACCUUGGCGGUGCUCCCACAGCUUAUUGGCUUGUGAAGUCAGUAGGAAUCAAUCAUGGCUUCCAAGGGUGUGUUCAGUCACUCACUAUUAAUGGAAAGCCCAUUGACAUGAGGCCCUGGCCUCUGGGAAAAAGCCUUAGUGGGGCAGAUGUUGGUGAAUGUAGCAGUGGGAUAUGUGAUGAAGCUUCUUGCAUUAAUGGUGGUACCUGCAUGGCCAGCAAAGCAGAUCUAUACAUCUGCCUUUGCCCACUCGGAUUUAAAGGCCGCCACUGUGAAGAAGUUUUCACUCUCACCAUGCCUCAGUUCAAUGAGACACUGAAAUCUUUUGCUGUCACCCCCUGGCCAUUAGAGCCAGUCAGCUAUCUUUCUUUCAUGGAAUUUGAGAUCACAUUUCGACCAGAUGCAGCGAAUGGUGUCCUGUUGUACAGUUACGAUACAGGCAGUAAAGAUUUCCUGUCCAUUUGCAUUGUGGACAGUUAUGUGGAAUUCAGGUUUGACUGCGGCUCAGGAACUGCUAUUAUCAGGAGCGAAGACCCCAUCACUUUGAACCAGUGGCAUCAGCUCAAAGUGUCGCGCACAGCCAAAAAUGGCAUUUUACAGGUUGAUCAGCAAACUCCAGUAGAAGGAAUGGCAGAGGGAGCUUUCACACAGAUUAAAUGUAACCCUGAGAUCUUCAUAGGUGGAGUACCAAAUUAUGAUGAUGUGAAAAAGAACUCUGGCGUUGUGAAACCAUUCUCUGGAAGUAUUCAGAAGAUAGUUUUGAAUGACCGGACGAUAGACACGAAGCAGGAUUUCACAGCUGGAGUCAACUUAGGGAACACGGUCCAUCCCUGUGUGAAUGCCCCCUGUGACAACGGGGGCUCCUGCGUGCCCAAGAAAGAUGGGUAUGAAUGUGAUUGCCCUUUGGGUUUUGAAGGGCAAAACUGCCAGAAAGAAUGUGGAAAUUACUGCUUGAACAGGAGACUGGCAUUUGCACAAGAAUGGAAGAAUGAGGAUUUACCAACGGACUCAAAAAUAAUUUAUAAAAUUAUGGAAUGUGCGGAAUCUGACAGACUUACAAAACUGAUCAAGGCUGUGAUGGAAGCCAUUGAAAUUCCACAGUUCAUCGGUCGCAGCUAUCUUACAUAUGACAAUCCAGACAUUCUUAAAAGAGUGUCGGGAUCAAGAACAAAUGUGUUUAUGAGGUUUAAGACUACAUUGAUGGAUGGUCUAUUAUUAUGGAGAGGUGAUAGCCCAAUGCGAUCCAACAGUGACUUCAUCUCCCUUGGUCUUCAGGAUGGUUGCUUGGUUUUCAGUUACAAUCUGGGCAGUGGCAUUGCUUAUAUAACAGUGAAUGGCUCUUUCAAUGAUGGCAGGUGGCAUAAAGUUAAGGCAGUUCGAGAUGGACAAUCUGGAAAGAUCACGGUCGAUGAUUAUGGUGCCAGAACUGGCAAAUCACCAGGAAUGAUGAGACAGUUGAAUAUCAAUGGUGAUUUAUUUGUUGGGGGAAUGAAAGAAAUAGCACUGCAUACAAACAGACAGUACAUGAGAGGUCUGGUAGGUUGCAUCUCGCACUUCACGCUUUCUACAGAUUUUCAUAUUUCACUAGUUGAAGACGCAGCUGAUGGGAAGAACAUUAACACGUGUGGGAGAAAGUAGUAGACAGAAACCCGUCACCACACGGGAAGAUAACGUUGUGUAGCAGCGUCAGCAAAGUGACUGAUCUUGCACAGUGAGGACUUCUCCCACGAAACACCUGGAAGAGGGAAGCGGAAGUGAAGUGAAAGCAAAACAAAAGGGACUAUUUGCCAUUCCUCUUUUCCUUUGGAUGUUGCGCUCUUUCAGUCAUACCAAAUGCUUUAUAUAGGGACCAUCACAAUUUUUGCUACUUCAACUACAAGACAAAUCUCACCAAAUCCUAGCACCGCUGCAAACAUCUGGUGUUUUUCUUGACAUGCCCGGUGCAUAAAACCUACAGCUUUGGCAGAUCUAUCUAUCAGGCAUGUCUGGUUCAUAGGUGAGUUGCAUUUACCAGGGCCAGUUUACCCCCUGACUCCCUGAAGAAAUGGCUCAGGUGUGCAGGAGUUUGCAGUAUUUAUUUUGUUUAUUUGAUAGUUUUCUAUUUUGCCUUUCCUCAAGAGCUCAAGAAGGCACAGCACAGGCCUCCUUCUUCCAAUUUCCUCAACUCUAUCAUUAUCUACUCUAUCAGUAUCAGUAUCUACUCUAUCAGGGACGCAGUAGCUCAGUGGCUAAGAAGCUGAGCUUGUCGAUCGAAAGGUCGAAAGUUCAGCGGUUCGAAUCCCUAGUGCCGUGUAACAGGGUGAGCGCCCGUUACUUGACCCAGCUUCUGCCAACCUAGCAGUUCGAGAGCACAUAAAAAAUGCAAGUAGAAAAUUAGGGACCACCUUUGGUGGGAAGGUAACAGCGUUCCGUGCACCUUUGGCAUUUAGUCAUGCCAGCCACAUGACCACAGAGACGUCUUCAGACAGCGCUGGCUCUUCAGCUUUGAAACGGAGAUGAGCACCGCCCCCUAGAGUCGGGAACGACUAGCACAUAUGUGCGAGGGGAACCUUUACCUUUAUCUAUUAGAUAGGUUGGGUUUAAUAAGAGUGACAAGCCCAAGGCACUAGUGGGUCUCCAACCAUGGAGCGGCGUGAACAUCUCUGGUCUUAGCCCAAUAUUUUCAGCAUUACACCAUACUGGCCCUAAUUAUGGCGCCCAGGGCUUCUGAGUGUGGUAGCAACUCCUGCCUCACCUUACUGUGCUUUAGCACAGAGCAAAUUUUAAGGUCUCCAUUUAUGUUUCCCACAGCUGUGCAUUUUUUGCUCCUCAGUUCUUCUCCUUUAGAAAUAGCAUGUGGAUUGGCCCAUCCAUAUUAGAGGGUAGAGCAAUGCUCAUUAAAGUUUAAUACUAUCAACAACCAUAGUUGUAUGGUAGCAUGAACUCAAAGAGCUGCUCCCCAAAUAUAGGCCGACUUCUUCGAGUGCGGUGCUAAAGCCAGAACCACCAGCUGAAUUGUCACCUACGAAGGGGUGGCAGCGAAGUCCACCAGCAGAGCACAUGGAAUUUAUGUUCAACAGCAAGACCGCUGGGACUGUGCACGAACAGGAAAAAAUGUUCUUUGGGUCUAUGUGUUCUAUUGGCCACAAGGAACCAUGGGAAAUUGCUUUCUCUCUUAUUAUGUAGCCCAGGCCCACAAGUUAGAUGGGAUUGUGCUCCAUAGGAGGUGCUAUUUGCCAUGCAACAUUCAGAAAAUUUAGACGAGUUGAUUUUUAAUAACAGUUUUGAAAAUAUUAAAAUUCAUUUGGAUUUAGAA